AUGAAGAUAGCAGCACAGCCCUUAACUAUCAGCAGCUUUAGUCGCUUUGGCUCGAUCGUGUCCCCAGACGAGGCCGUUGCGGGGCUCGACGAGCGCGCUCGAACAGCUAACCAGGGCACUGCAAUCAAACUUCUAAAGGUCAGCACAGUGGAGAACGGCUUCAAAGAGGUCAGAGAGGCAAACUGGAAUCUUUUUCGAUGCUUUCCUGCGCCGCACCUCAGGCGGCGCUUUUUGUGUGGAGCGCGGUCCCAAAACGGGAACGAGUCAAACCUUGAAACCGUCUUGCACUCAAUAAAAGUGCUUGAGAAACACCCGUUUAGUAGCCAAACGUUUCUUCCCAUGGGCCGCGACCGCGAGGAUGUUUCGUAUCUGGUGGUGGUUGCCCUCGCGGACGAGUCGGGCGAGCCUGACCUCUCAACGCUAGAGGCAUUUACAUGUAAAGGCACACAAGCUGUAACUUACGGGGCAGGCGUAUGGCACUCUCCUAUGAUUGUGCUGGGGGAACCCGAGUUCUUGGACUUUGGAGUGUUGAUACAUGAACUGCUUGACGCGAACCAUCCGGAAAUGGACUGCGUCGAACGCGAAUACAAAGAUGGGGAUAUUUGUGUCGUGUUACAAGCGUAG